AUGUCGCAACCAGUGUCGAAGGGCGUUCGGCAAGCCUCGCGACUGAUACCUCAUAGUUGUUCUUGUCCUCGCUCCAUUAUUCGCCCGUGUCCUCGCUCAGUGGGAACCACCGCAAAACGAAAUUAUGUCGCCCCCUCACACCCUUCAAAAGCUCAAGUCAACGUCGAGACUACAAUGCAGGCAGAUCAAAGAGCGUUCAUCCAGCAAACUGGGCAAUUGCCAUCAGAUAUCAAGUUACCUGGUUCUCAGCUGUCCUCCGACAUCGCCAUGUCGCCCGCCGCCUCCGUCUUAAAACAAGCCACGGUGAUGGAUGAAGGAACUCGGCCUAUCUAUCUCGACAUGCAAGCCACAACGCCUACCGACCCACGGGUACUAGAUGCUAUGCUUCCGUUCUUCACAGGCCUCUACGGCAACCCUCACUCACGGACACACGCUUACGGUUGGGAGAGCGAGAAAGCGGUAGAGCAGGCACGAGAACACAUCGCAAAUCUAAUCGGCGCAGACCCAAAGGAGAUCAUCUUCACGAGUGGUGCAACGGAAAGCAACAACAUGAGCCUAAAAGGCGUGGCAAGGUUCUUCGGGCGAAGCGGGAAAAAGAAGCACAUCAUCACCACGCAGACGGAACACAAAUGCGUACUAGACAGCGCACGACAUUUGCAAGACGAAGGGUUCGAAGUUACAUAUUUGCCUGUGCAGGGAAAUGGCAUCGUGGACCUGCAAGAGCUUGAGAGGACAGUCAGGCCGGAUACUGCGCUCGUGAGCAUCAUGACGGUAAAUAACGAGAUUGGAGUGAUUCAGCCUAUGAAGGAGAUUGGAGAGAUCUGUCGGCGAAAGAAGACGUUCUUCCAUACGGAUGCCGCACAGGCGGUGGGGAAAAUACCAAUCAAGGUAGACGAAUGGAAUGUGGAUUUGAUGAGUAUCAGCAGUCACAAGAUUUAUGGGCCGAAAGGCAUUGGGGCUUGCUACGUGAGGAGGCGGCCAAGAGUAAGACUCGAUCCGAUCAUCAGUGGCGGAGGGCAGGAGCGGGGUUUGAGGAGCGGGACAUUGGCCCCGCCUUUGGUGGUAGGGUUUGGGGAAGCGUGCCGGAUCGCUAAGGAAGAAAUGCCCUAUGACUCCGCUCGCAUUCGCCACCUCUCAGAUCGCCUCCUGCAAGGUCUCCUGUCCCUCGAACAUACCUCCCAAAACGGAGACCCAGAGCGUUUCUACCCAGGCUGCGUGAAUGUCUCCUUCGCUUAUGUGGAAGGCGAGUCUCUUCUUAUGGCACUGAAAGACAUCGCGCUAUCCUCUGGCAGCGCAUGUACUUCGGCGUCGUUGGAGCCUAGUUAUGUGCUGCGAGCACUUGGAAAUAGUGACGAGAGUGCUCACAGCAGUAUACGAUUCGGCAUUGGAAGAUUCACGACUGAGGGAGAGGUUGACUACGUGCUCAAAGCGGUGAAGGAGAGGGUCACGUUCUUGCGGGAGUUGAGCCCGUUGUGGGAGCUGGUGCAAGAGGGGGUCGCGUUGGAUAGCAUCGAGUGGAGCCAGCACUGA